AUGAAGAUGGCAAUAAGAAAAUGCAGGGAAGAAGCUGAAGUUGAACAGACGAUGAAGAAAGUGAAGGUGGACCGUUCUUCCUUUCUUUUAGAUGACAUCCUUUUUGAUAUCCUGAGAAGGCUUCCUGCUGAUAUCCUUCGUUAUAAGGCUAAGUUUGUCUGUAGAAGAUGGUUCAAUAUAAUUACUAACAGGAUCUUAAGAGAUCAUGCUUCUUUCAUAGUCCAGAGGUCAAGUGGACUUCACACAGCGUUUCAGGUGGUUAUAAGGGAAGAAAAACAAGGGCUGGAAUUGGAACAACAACAGCUAGAUAUGCCUUGUAAAUUUCGUUUAAAGUCUUGGUGUAACGAGUUCCUUUUAAUAGUGGACCCCAACAGAAAAGAAUCUUUGUACGUUUUCAAUCUAAUGACUAAGCAAGCAUUAUGUCUUCCGGGAUGUAUGGCAUCUUGCGGAGGACACUAUACCAGCAAAUGUGGACUGGCCCUUGCCUUCGAUGGAUUCCUGGGAAUAUACAAGGCUAUCCAUGUGUUUAUGGGCCCACCAAUCGAAUGCAAGAUUAUUGUCUUCAACAGAGAUAUUUCCUCUCAUGUUUUCUCAAUGUGGAAAAAGAUCCAAGUGCCUUCUUAUGAUAUGGGUGAAGGGCAGUAUUAUUGGGGCAACCCGGUUUCAGUUCAAGGCAGGUACUUUCACUGGGAUGUUCAUUGUUCCAAGUACCUGGUUUCCAUAGAUAUGGUGAAAGAGAAAUUUUUCCAAAUGAGCCUACCAGCUGAAUGUAAUGAUGAUCGGGUGAAACGCCAAUAUUCUCUUUUUGAGAUGAGUGGUUUCCUUGCUCUCCUUGAUAACGUUUCUUGGAAUCAUGCUGACUUAUGGAUUCUUAAAGAUAUCCAGAGGAUGAAGUGGGAGAAGUUGCAAUCAAUAAGUGUCCCGAGUUAUGUGAACACAAGAAUAUAUCCUGUCUGUAGCGUGAUAAGUAUGAGAUAUCUCAUCUUGAAGAAAUCUAGUCCCAAGCCUGGCCUAUUUAGUUAUGAUCUCACAAAUGAAGUCACAAAAGAACUCAACAUCCUUUGUCGAGAUAGUGAACCUUGUGUGGUUCAUUCAGCAGUACCAAGUUUUCUAUAA